CUCUCAUACUUCCCCGUGUGUCAAUCACAACAAGACAUCUCCGGCAAUACUUUUCUACUUUCAAAUAUCUGUACCCAUCGUUUCCUGUUUCUGCAUGUUUAUACAGGUAUACAAUGUUAGUGCAGUGGAUAUUUUUAAUGAUUGUCUUUGUGAUGAAUGAGUCUGAAAGAUUUAAUCACACACAAAAAUGUAAAUAUUUCAACAGGUGAGACCAACUUAAGGACAUUUAGGAGUCCCAGGAAAUGGAAAUAUAUAGCAAGCAGUGACUUAAUUAAAUAAAAGUCCAUGAAGAGCCCGUUACAUUUAGUACAGGGUUGGGUUUGGAGAACACAGAACUGGCUCCCUGAUCUGAGCUUGACCACCGGGAGCACUGUUAACCCACGCGGUGCGCAUUUUGGCCUCCAUGGAUACCAUCGACGCUCUCUGCCUGCAGCUCCUGCACUCAUCACUGCCACUGACUGUGGCGGAACAGCGGGAUUAAACGGGCAUUCCGGUCGGUCUCGGUCGCUGCAGGACGACGACGACUACGACAACGACGAUGGUGGUGGUGGUUUUGUCGUUAAAACGGUAUGGAGCCGAGCAGGGUGGAUUAAUUCUGCACCAUGAAUGACAGGUACCACAAGGCGGCCCGGGACGGCCACCUGGACCUGCUGAAGGAAGCAACUCGGAAGGAUCUUAACGCACCGGAUGAGGAUGGCAUGACACCAACGUUAUGGGCUGCUUAUCACGGCAACCUGGAGGCUCUGCGGCUGAUCGUGGCGAGGGGAGGACACCCUGAUAAGUGUGACAUAUGGGGGAAUACACCGCUCCAUUUGGCAGCUGCCAAUGGUCACCACAACUGCCUUUUCUUCCUGGUGUCUUUCGGUGCCAACAUAUGGUGUCUGGACAACGACUACCACACACCGUUGGACAUGGCCGCCACAAAGAAUCACAUGGACUGUGUCCGCUACCUGGAUUCUGUUGCUGCCAAGCAGACAGGCCUUAAUCCCAAGCUGGUCAGCAAGCUGAAGGACCGAGCUUUUCGUGAUGCAGAGCGCCGAAUCAAAGAGUGCAUGAAGAUGCAAAAGAAACACCACAAACGCAUGGAGCGGAAGUUUCAUAAGGAUGCUUCAGAGGCAUCUGCAUCAGAUGCUAUGAGCUUUUCCAGUUACACCAGCAGCUCACUUAGCCACAAGCUGCGCAACUUAAAUGCAGCCACUGUCAGUGUGCCAUAUUCUCAGGCUACUCUCCAUGCCACAAACCGAGGGAAGACAAAGAUUCAAAAGAAGCUGGAGAAGAGGAAACAAGGAGAUGGGACCUUUAAAAUCUACGAGGAUGGGAGGAAGAGUGUGCGCUCCCUCUCUGGACUUCAGCUGGGCAACGAUGUCAUGUUUGUCAAACAGGGGACUUACAUCAACCCAAAGGACCACGGCCGCCGCAAUGUACGUGACAUGUUCCCCAGAGACAAUUACGAUGCCAUUUCACGUGCCAUGAGCGAACCUGACCUCCAUGGACCGGAUGUGGACUAUUCUGAGAUCAGCACCGACUCAGGACAUGAUUCCCUGUUCAACCGACCUGGUCUGGGCACCAUGGUCUUUAGGAGGAACUACGUGAGUGGAGGGAUGUUUGAACUCGGUGGUCGGGAUGAAGCCAAUGUAGGCAGGUCAGGCAGUAAUGUGCGUUUACGCAGUCGGCUGCAGCAAUACCCAAGUCUAGAUGAAGACAGCAUUGGCAGUGCACGCAGCCUGCAAGAGAGGAACGUCGAGGAGCUGCCGUGGGAUGAAGUAGAAUUAGGGCUGGAUGAUGAUGAUGAGCCAGACACGAGCCAUCUGGAAGUCUUCCUCGCUGCACAGAGCAUGAGCGAGUUUUUCUCUAUCUUCAAGAGGGAGAAGAUUGACCUUGAAGCCCUUUUGCUGUGCUCUGACAAGGACCUUAAGAGUAUCCAUAUCCCCUUAGGACCAAGAAAGAAAAUCUUAGAUGCCUGCAAGAGACGUCUUGAGACCGUCGAGGACCCAGACUGCAUUGAGGACACAGAACUGUGAGUGAUGGGAUGUUAAGUUACACAUUCUAGUGAGGAAAGGACAUAUUGGACAUAUUUUUGUUGUGUCUUCUUCAGUUACAAACACAAUGUCUGAUAGCAAGGUAAAGCUGUGAAGAUAUUAAAAAUAUAGGGUCUAUUGCUUGGCUUCCAACACCGAUAUUCCUGCUGCUUCUCUGCUGGGGUUGUGCUGGCCGCCACCUACUGUAGACAAUACACUGACUGUGGAAAGUGGUCUACCCCAUACAACCCCAUUUCAAAAACCCCAACGAACUCUUUAACAAGACAUUUAUCAGUGUGCAGUACUGUGCAGUGUCAUUGUAUGCCAUGUGGCAUAAAUGACAGAGAGUUGAUUGUGGGGUCUGUGUCCCCUGAACGUGUUUGCCCCUGUGGGGCAAAUCUUACCACCUCAUGUGCCUGCAUUGCUCGUGCCUGUGCAUUUGCUUAAAAGUGUCUUUAGUUAUGAACAACUUUGACAUUAGCUUCAAUGUAAUUUCAUUACUAACUUAAUCAAUAACAACCUUUCCACCCAGAGCCACUCAUCUGUUUCCUCUUUCUCUUUCAUCUCUGAACGUGUUUACAUAC